AAACAUUGAAGUGCCAGCAAUAAACACCCAAAGAUUUUGCCAAUCUAAAAAAAAAUAAAAAUCUGUACCAACCAGCGGUUAAGUAAUUCAAUUCAACUACCUAUCAACGUUGGACCUUCAACGCCACCAGUGUCAACUACCAUUCUUCUCCCAUCCAAAAACCAAGAAACCAAAGAUCACUCUCCUUGAGUCCUUUCAAAGGAAUCUUUCUUUCUCCUAUUAAUACUAACAUGGACAUAGUUUUCUUCAGGCUUAUGCGGACUGUCUCUCUCUCUCUCUAUAUAUAUAUACCUCUAGUCUCAAUAAACAAGUAAACUACUUUGUAGUUCUUCUCUUUAUUUGUCUCAAAUCCUUCAUGGCUGACUUGGAUCGUUCCUCUGAUGAUAUUUCUGUGGAUUCUAGAGAGGAAUCCAGCCAAGGUUCCAAGCUUGAAUUCUCAGAAGAUGAGGAAACCCUUAUCACUAGAAUGUUCAAUUUGGUUGGAGAAAGUUUUUACAGGUGGUCUUUGAUAGCAGGGAGAAUUCCUGGAAGAACAGCCGAGGAGAUUGAGAAGUAUUGGACUUCAAGAUACUCUACAAGCGAAUGAAAAUUUGAUGGGUGGUUGUUCCAUAGUUUGGUUCCUGGUUGGAAUUGAUCAGUUUUGUUUUGCUUGAGGAACAGAAAAUUGCAGUAUGUAAAUGUAGUUUUCCUUUAGUUUGGCAGUUAAGGAAAUGCCUGUGUUUUGUACAAUCUGGUUUCUAUGCAAUGGUACCGUAAUUCGGAGUUCGGAUUUUCAAUUUUCGGGAAAUUUGGUGUGAUGAUUUUCAUGGGAUCAUUUGAAUGUACAACUAAACUAUGUAAAAAUGAACUUAAAAAGUUAAAACCAUGGGCUUGAAAAUCCAAUGUUUCCAGUCAGAAGCGGUGACCAAGUUACC